AUGUCCCGUGCUGUUUUAACUCCAUUUGAAAAUUAUCAGAAGGCAAGAGUCACCUUCGUCCAAACUGUUGCUGAGCUUGCCACAAGACCACAGAAUAUUGAGGCCUUGCAGAGCGCAGGAGUCAUGGCUUUGUUGAGACCAUUGCUGCUUGAUUCAGUCCCAAGUAUCCAACAAUCUGCUGCCUUGGCCCUAGGAAGACUUGCUAAUUACUCUGACGAGCUUGCUGAAGCAGUUGUAUCUAAUGAGAUCCUUCCGCAACUUGUGUAUUCUUUGUCUGACCAGAACAGGUUCUAUAAGAAGGCAGCUGCCUUCGUCCUUAGAGCUGUUGCCAAGCACUCCCCUACAUUGGCAAAAGCUGUUGUCAACUCUGGGGCUCUAGAUGCUCUCGUCAACUGCUUAGAAGAAUUUGAUCCAAGCGUGAAGGAAGCUGCCGCAUGGGCUCUUUCCUACAUAUCUAAGCACACUGCUGAGCUUGCUCAAGCAGUAGUUGACGCUGGAGCUGUAGGACUCUUAGUCCUCUGUGUCCAAGAACCAGAACUCACCUUGAAAAGAAUCUCUGCCACUGCUCUUAGCGAAAUCGCUAAGCAUACUGAGGAACUUGCCCAAGCUGUUGUUGACCAAGGAGCAGUUCCUUUCCUUGCUGCUUUAAUCUCUCACCCAGAUGCUCAACUCAAGAGACAAGUCUGUGCUUGUCUCGCACAGAUUGCUAAGCACACCGUCGAUCUUGCCGAAGUUGUUGUCGAAGCUGAAAUCUUCCCAAGAAUUUUGAAUUGAUUGAAGGACCUUGACAAUCAAGUUCGAAAGAAUGCAGCCACUUGUAUUCGAGAAAUUGCCAAACAAACAACUGAGCUUGCUAAGUUGAUCGUACAUUCUGGAGGAUCUGGAGCUAUAGUAGAUUAUAUCUCAGAAAGUAAGGGUAACUCAAGACUUCCAGGAAUCAUGACUCUCGGUUAUAUCUCUGCAUUCGACGAAAGUCUAGCCAUGGCCGUUAUCGUUUCAAAAGGAAUUGCUCCACUCAAAGAUGCCCUCAUCAAUGAACCAGAAGACCAUAUCAAAGCUGCCGCCUCAUGGAGUCUUGGACAAAUCGGAAGACACUCUUCAGAGCAUGCUAAAGCUUUGGCAUCAGAAGAUGUUCUUUCUAGACUUUUAGCUGUCUAUAUGCUUCCUGAGAGCUCCAAGGAUCUCCAGGAUAAAGCUAAGAAAGCUUUGAAGAAUGUUGUCCAGAUGUGUACACAUUUGCCUGCUUUGGAACCUCUUCUACAGCUUGCUCCUCCAAACAUUCAGACUUACGUGUGUGCUCAGUUUGCUAAGACCUUGCCAUCCAAUCUCGAAGCCCAAAAGGCUUUCUUGCAGAGUGGAGGAUUCCAGAAAAUUCAGAAGAUCGAGGCUGAGCCUGGAUCAAAGCUUCGAGAAUACAUUGAUGAGAUCAAUACUCAUUUCCCUCCAGACAUCGUGCAGUACUAUUCUCCAGGAUAUGCUGAUACCCUGAUGAAGAAAUUGGAAGAAUAUAACUCAGGCAUAUAA